AUGCCCAAGUCCAACUCGUUUCGCAAGAACUUUGUAAAGCACUGGCUUCCUGUAGAGGUAGCUCCUCUUAUCAUUCUCGUGGGAGGCAUCGUCUGUGGCGGAGCCUGGUACCUCUCCCGUUCAGCCAUGGGCCCAACAAUUCAAUGGACCAAGUCCAACCCCACGCCAUGGAAUACUAUCGAGCCUAACCAAGGCACGAAGCUCAUGGAGGUGAACCAGAAGUUUGAGAAGAAGUGGUCGCGGGAUAAAUUGUAG